UCAGCGCGACAGUACUCUGUCCUCGCGAGAUUUCCCCUCGAAGCAGCGCACAGCGGCACUUGCGUGGUGUAGACCUGUGUGCUCGCUAAACAAAAUCUAACUUUGCCAACUUCCAUGUAAAAUCUUUCCAGCAUCUUUCGGCAACGUUGAUUGUACACAGGGAUAACUGUCACCAUGAGUAUACUCGCCAAAAUAGCGGAGAUUGAAAAUGAGAUGGCCAGGACACAGAGGAACAAGGCCACAGCUCACCACUUGGGUCUGCUCAAAGCACGUCUUGCCAAACUGAGGAGGGAACUCAUCACACCAAAAGGAGGCAGUGGUGGUGGAACAGGAGAAGGUUUCGAUGUAGCAAAAACGGGUGACGCCCGCGUUGGCUUCGUUGGUUUUCCUUCAGUAGGAAAGUCUACACUGCUAAGUAACCUUGCAGGUGUGUACUCUGAGGUUGCGGCCUACGAGUUCACCACUCUUACAACGGUUCCUGGGGUCAUUCGCUACAAAGGUGCCAAAAUUCAGCUCCUGGAUCUCCCAGGAAUCAUUGAGGGGGCCAAGGAUGGCAAGGGCAGAGGCAGACAGGUUAUUGCAGUGGCUCGAACCUGCAACCUAAUCCUCAUAGUGCUCGAUGUGUUGAAGCCUCUUGUUCAUAAGAAGCUAAUAGAACAUGAGCUGGAGGGCUUUGGCAUCCGACUCAAUAAACAACCACCCAACAUCGGUUUCAAGAAGAAAGACAAAGGAGGCAUCAACUUCACGGCUACAUGUGCACAAAGUGAGCUAGAUGGUGAAACGGUGAAGAGUAUCCUGGCCGAGUACAAAAUCCACAAUGCCGACAUCACUCUGCGCAGCGACUCCACGGCUGAUGACCUCAUUGAUGUGGUGGAGGGAAAUCGGGUCUACAUCCCAUGCAUAUAUGUGCUCAACAAAAUCGAUCAGAUCUCCAUCGAGGAGCUAGACAUCAUUUACAAGGUGCCCCACUGUGUACCCAUCUCAGCCCACCACCGCUGGAACUUUGAUGACCUGCUGGAGAAGAUGUGGGACUACCUACAGCUUGUGCGCAUCUACACCAAACCCAAAGGCCAGCUUCCUGAUUACACAUCUCCGGUUGUACUCCCUGACGGACGAACUUCAGUCGAGGAUUUCUGCUUAAAGAUUCACAAAAACCUCAUCAAAGAAUUCAAGUAUGCUCUCGUGUGGGGCUCAUCUGUGAAACACAACCCUCAAAAGGUGGGCAAGGACCAUGUGAUGGAGGAUGAAGAUGUUAUUCAGCUUGUGAAAAAGUAAAAGGAGUCUUAAUUCACUGCAUGGCCUGCGUAUCACAAAGUCCUCUAUACAGUUGCUCAGUAAAUCGCCAAACAUAUCCAUCAGAGCAUCUGUCGUGUGGUUUCCAGUUUUUUUUGCUGUAAUUUAAAAACUGAAGUGAAUCUAAGUGUCAUAUGCAAAAGAACCCACAGUACUUAGCACCAUGAAUAGUUCAUAUUGAAUACUGGUUAAGGCUUGCAUUAAAAUCUGAAAAAUCUGUACAAUAAAAAAAUAAAACAAUCUUGCUUCAUUCUUA